AUACUGAGGACCCGAUCUGGAAAAUAUUACGCAUCCGGCUCUAGCCUUUGCUCAUUAUACACUUUUCUAGAAGCAGACCAAGCCAAGACAGCUCUAUUCAUGGGCACGUGAAUCCAGACGCCUUGAAGAAGAUGGGUGGUAAACCUUGGUCAUCGGCCGGUUGCAGAACAUGCAAAAAGCGCAAAUUGAAGUGUGAUGAGCAAAAACCCCACUGUGCUCGAUGUAUCAAGCGUGGCAUUGAGUGCCUUGGGUACAUCGACAGGCGGAUAUUUAUGCAUCAGGCUUCCAUGCUACCAGAGAGACAACACAAUGAUACGCGAAGGCCUACAAAUUCGUUUCAAUAUUCUCGUCGGGCACGAGAGUUUAUUUUGCCUGUGACACCGAGCGCUAGUCCUGCGAUACGUGUGCAGUUAUCUUCGUCGUUUCUCAACACAUAUUUCCCCCACCACAUGGAAAAGAUUGCUGGAAGUGACUCUUGGUACUCUUUGUUCAACAGCUGGGUGUCGCUCCCGAGUAAGAAUGAGCUCUUUGACAGAGCUCUGUCCGCUCUGUCUUGUAUUUGUCUAGGCAGGACAAAUCAAGACCGAGGGCUUUAUCACCAUGGCCUUUUGCAGUAUACUAAAGCAAUACGACUCCAAUCCAACAUGAUUGACCGUGGACUGUGCACUGAAGAGAUGUUGUAUUCCGCACUGGUAUUUUUAGAGAUUGAGAGCUACUCGUGUCCCGAGGGCAUGGAAGGGUGGUAUACCCAUGCAAUAGGGGCUUACGCGCUUAUCAAAAGGUACCGUAGCACAGCGGAAACCUCGAAGAGUCCUGCAAUGGUUUGUCUUUUGAAUAGAUUUGCGAAGCUUCUCAUGGUACUAAUCAUUUCAUCACUUAAUGUUUCGGGAGAGGAAUAUAAGCAGAUUGUGCAGUCCUGUCGUGAAACACCUCUUGAUGGAUUGGUCAAGCUAUACGCAGACUCUGCCAUCAUUGCACAAGCAGCCGACUUCAUAAGUCCGCUCGACUAUGGAGCGUGCCAGUUGCUGCUUCAUCACAGCCUCGCUCAUGAAAAUAACAUUAUAGCAUGGUAUGAGCAGAUCAAGGACGAAAUUGGCGGAGCUCCCCAGGAAUGCGCCGAAGACGAAUUAUUAUGUAGUGGACUUGCUCGGGACGAUGAUCUGUUCGGGACUCCUUAUCGGUUUGCUUCAUUGGAAAACGCCAGGAUACACAUCCUGGUCUGGAACCUUCUACGAGAUCUCCAGCCAUACAUCUACAAAGCUCGGAUUCUUAUAAAAUCCCUUAUACAAGACAAUCUCCCCAAUAACCAGCUCAAGUCCGAGAACCAGCAACUCGCGAUUUACUAUGCGGACCAAAUGGCGCGGAGUGUGUUAUACUGUGUGCAAGACGACUUCAAAUCAUGCGGUGUUCAAUGCUUGAUAUUCUGUCUUUGCCAAACUGCUAAAACAUGGAUCGAUGUGAAGAAAGCAGACAAAAUUACCUGGUGUCAAGAAAUUUUUGAUUUCGCAGCGGGCUUAGGCUUUGACUAUGCCAACCGUUUGAAGGAGACCAUGAUGUCUCAAUGGAUUCAAGCAGAACAGACUGAUUCUGUCGCGCUUUCCCCCAACAAAGAGCUGACUGAGCGCGUUGGUGAAGAAAGUGAUGUGGCAGGUGUAUCGGAGUUGGCUGCACUUCCGGGUAUGCUAGGGAAACCUUCCAUGUCAGAUGUACCGGGGCUUUCUAGCAUGUCGCCGACAGCAAAACUGUCAGAUGCCAGGUUUGCCGUAACUGUGCCCGUGCGAGAAAGGGGGAGUAUUCAAUGACCAUGAAAUGAUGAUCUCCGAUGAACCAAUAUACGUUUAAUAAAUUCCACUUAAGCACCG